AUGACCGAUACAAUUCAGCAUGUGGCUACCGUUUUUCCAGUUAAUCAUGACUCUCUGUUAGCCGGUAUAAAAAGACAGCGACGUCGAUCAAUCAUUCGAGAUUUUGCACUCAAUACAUCGACGCACGGUUUACCAGGCAUUGCUCGAAGUCAAAGUGUACACAAUCGAGUCUUCUGGAGUGUUUCGACUGCAGUUUUCACGGGUGUUAUGGUGUAUUUUGUUGCACAAUCGAUCAGUAACUAUUUUCAAUAUCCAAAACAAACAUCCAUCGAUGUAAUUGUCGAAUGGCCUAUCGUUUUUCCGGCAGUCUCGUUUUGCAACUAUUCUCCUGUGCGUCAAGACCGUUUCUUUCAAGCAUUUCUUGAAUAUUUAAGUGCUUUCAACUUAAUAGAUACCACGAAUAAUACUAACUUUACUCUCUCAAAUUAUGUAAUUUAUAUUCAUGAUUUUUAUCAAUGGAAAAUCAAUCAAAAUAAGUCCAUGUACGACUUAUAUUUUCCACUUAGUUCCAUGUUAAUGAGUUGUUUUUUCAAUGGUGUUCCAUGUGUAUCAACCGAUUUCAUUUCAUUCGAAUCGCCUUUGUAUGGUGGCUGCUACACGUUCAAUGCUAAGAGGAAGAAUCUUCCUAAUAGUGGAAUUCGUUAUAGUAAUGAGGGCGGCAGAGAUGGUAUAUUAGAAUUGCGUCUUUAUGUACACAGUCAUCAAUAUGUGCCGAACACAUCCGACGCUGUUGGCAUCAUGAUUAUGGUACAUGAUAAUACACAAUUGCCAUUGAUUGAUAUUGCUGGUAUGGCCUUGGAACCUGGAAGAAAGCAUAAAUUGAGUUUUACAAGAAAGAAAAGUUACUUUUUAUCUCCACCUUACACACAAUGUACUAAUCAGAUUCCAUUGGCUAUGCAAGCAAUGUUCAAUCUAUUUCAAGAUGCAGAUUAUGCCUAUUCUCAAUUAAUUUGUUUUACGAAUUGUAUACAAGCGUAUACGUAUCAUGUAUGUGGAUGUGUUAAUCCUAAUCAAUGGUUAGCUCGUUUUGCUGUUUUAUUUGGAACUGACAUUGUGGUGAACGCACCACUAUGUAACAUGACUGAUGCAUGUUUCACGGAAGCAGCCGAUCGUCUGAUGAAAACGUAUGCCAUCUGGAGUAUGUGGUGUCCAUAUUGUCAACAGGAAUGUAACACAACGACCUUCGGCAUCACACUAUCGUCAAUGUCAGCGCCACGUGAAUGGAUGAUGAAUUCUAUUCGAGAUUUUGUUGAAGCCUCAUCGGUUCCAUUGCCCUCCGACUGGUCGACAGCAUGGCAUUCUCAUAUUCAAUCGAAUUAUAUUGCUAUCGACAUUGUACGAGGAAGUAUUCAAUUGGAACAGUUGACACAGGUGGCAUCACUCAGUGGUGUUGAUUUGCUAUCAAAUGUGGGCGGUCUUUCGGGUCUUUGGAUAGGUAUCAGUUUUCUUUCAUUAAUGGAAUUAGCUGAAAUGCUCUACCGACUUUUUCGAUCUAACAUUCAUCAGAUUCACAUAAAAAUACGACAGAACACACAAGUGACUCAAUUCUCAAAUGUCAACAAUCACAAUUGGAAAAAUACAAAUGCUUUCAAUUGA